UCUUCUCCUCACUCCCCCCCCCCCCCCCCCCCUCCGGGGGAGCGGCGGGGCAGCGCGAGCCCAACCGUCACCGUCGCCGCCAUGGCGGAGCAGGAGAGCUUAGAGUUCGGCAAAGCGGACUUCGUGCUGAUGGACGCCGUCACCAUGCCCGAGUUCAUGGCUAACCUCCGUCUGCGGUUUGAAAAAGGACGGAUUUAUACGUUUAUUGGGGAGGUGGUCGUUUCCAUGAAUCCUUACAAAAACUUGAACAUCUAUGGGCGUGACAUGAUUGAGCAGUACAAAGGAAGGGAAUUGUAUGAGAGGCCUCCUCACCUCUUUGCAAUUGCUGAUGCUGCUUACAAAGCAAUGAAGAGGCGAUCAAAAGACACCUGUAUUGUAAUAUCAGGUGAAAGCGGGGCUGGGAAAACUGAGGCCAGUAAAUAUAUUAUGCAGUACAUAGCAGCCAUUACUAACCCCAGUCAGAGGGCUGAGGUGGAAAGAGUGAAGAACAUACUGCUGAAAUCCAACUGUGUGUUAGAGGCCUUUGGCAAUGCCAAAACAAACCGUAAUGACAAUUCCAGCAGGUUUGGAAAAUAUAUGGAUAUCAACUUUGAUUUUAAAGGAGACCCAAUAGGUGGGCAUAUCAAUAAUUACUUACUAGAAAAGUCUCGUGUGAUUGUGCAACAGCCGGGAGAACGAAGCUUUCAUUCUUUUUACCAGCUCCUUCAGGGUGGUUCUGACCAGAUGCUACGUUCUCUACAUCUUCAGAAGGAUGCAUCUGCAUACAACUAUAUCUGUCCUGGAGCACAGCUAAAGUGUUCCAUCAAUGAUGGUGCAGAGUUCAAAGCAGUAGCUGAUGCCAUGAAAGUGAUAGGCUUCAAGCAAGAGGAGAUUCAGACUGUCUACAAAAUUGUGGCAGCCAUUCUUCACUUGGGGAACUUGAAGUUUUCUGUGGACGGUGAUACGCCUGUAAUAGAAAAUGGCAAGGUUGUAUCGAUCAUUGCAGACUUGCUGUCAACAAAAUCUGACAUGGUGGAGAAGGCUCUUUUGUUUCGAACUGUAGCUACAGGUCGGGACGUCAUUGACAAACAACAUACUGAACAAGAAGCCACCUAUGGCAGAGAUGCCUUUGCAAAAGCUAUAUACGAGCGCCUCUUUUGUUGGAUUGUGACACACAUCAAUGAUGUGAUUGAAGUGAAGAACUAUGACACUACAAUACAUGGGAAAAACACAGUCAUUGGCGUCCUGGAUAUCUAUGGCUUUGAAAUAUUUGACAAUAACAGUUUUGAGCAAUUUUGCAUUAAUUACUGCAAUGAAAAGCUACAGCAGCUCUUUAUUCAGCUGGUUCUAAAGCAAGAGCAGGAAGAGUACCAGCGAGAGGGAAUUCCCUGGAAGCAUAUUGAUUACUUCAACAAUCAGGUCAUCGUCGACCUGGUAGAGCAGCAGCACAAAGGGAUCAUUGCCAUUCUGGACGAUGCCUGCAUGAAUGUUGGAAAAGUUACAGAUGAGAUGUUCCUCGAGGCUCUUAAUAACAAGCUAGGGAAGCAUGCUCAUUUCUCCAGCAGAAAGCUUUGUGCAACUGACAAGACGCUGGAGUUUGACAGAGACUUUCGAAUCAAGCACUAUGCUGGAGAUGUGAUUUACUCAGUCACUGGAUUUAUUGACAAAAACAAGGACACUUUAUUUCAAGACUUCAAGCGCCUCAUGUACAACAGCUCUAACCCUGUGUUGAAGAUGAUGUGGCCUGAAGGUAAACUGAGCAUCACUGAGGUAACCAAGAGACCUCUGACAGCUGCUACUCUUUUUAAGAACUCCAUGAUUGCACUAGUGGACAACCUGGCAUCAAAGGAACCCUAUUAUGUCCGUUGCAUUAAGCCCAAUGAUAAGAAGUCACCACAGCUUUUUGACGAGGAGCGUUGCAGGCAUCAGGUUGAAUACCUUGGCCUUUUGGAGAAUGUGAGAGUCCGCCGAGCAGGCUUUGCCUACCGCCAAACAUACGAGAAGUUUCUUCACAGGUACAAGAUGAUCUCGGAAUUCACUUGGCCAAACCAUGACCUGCCUUCAGACAAAGAUGCUGUGAAGAAGCUCAUAGAGUGUCAUGGAUUUCAGCACGAUGUUGCUUAUGGCAAGACCAAGAUUUUCAUCCGCACGCCUCGAACUCUGUUCACCUUGGAGGAACUGCAUGCCAAGAUGCUUGUGAGGAUUGUCCUCUUCCUACAGAAGGUUUGGAGGGGCACUUUGGCUCGCCUUCGCUAUAAGAGGACAAAGGCCGCCCUCACGAUACUCAAGUAUUACCGCCGCUACAAAGUGAAGGCCUACAUCCAUGAGGUUGCCCGACGCUUUCACAAUGUGAGGCUAAUGAAGGAUUAUGGCAAGCAUGUGCAGUGGCCCACUCCACCAAAAGUGCUGCGCCGAUUUGAAGAGGCUCUCCAGACCAUUUACCAUAGGUGGAGAGCAGGUGAACUCAUCCGGAGCGUCCCACCAGAAGUCCUACCUCAGCUGAGGGCCAAGGUUGCUGCCAUGGAAGUGCUGAAGGGUCACAGAGCUGAUAUUGGCCUACAAAGAGCAUGGGAGGGGAAUUACAUCGCACUGAAACCAGAUAACCCUCAGACCACAGGCUCUUUCAUCCCUGUUGCCAAUGAGCUGAAACGGAAAGACAAGUACAUGAACGUGCUCUUCUCCUGUCAUGUCCGCAAGGUCAAUCGCUUCAAUAAGGUGGAGGACAGAGCAAUCUUCAUUACUGAUCGACACCUUUAUAAGAUGGACCCUAUGAAGCAGUACAAAGUGAUGAAGACCAUCCCCCUCUAUAAUUUGAUAGGAUUGAGUGUCUCCAAUGGAAAGGACCAGCUCGUGGUCUUCCACACGAAGGACAACAAGGAUCUCAUUGUUUGUCUCUUCAGUAAAGAGCCUUCUAAUGACAGCAGGAUUGGAGAGCUGGUGGGAGUCCUGGCAAACCACUUCAAGAGUGAGAAACGCGCUCUGCAAGUCAGCGUCACCAACCCGGUCCAGUGCAGCCUGCACGGGCGGAAAUGCACCGUCUCCGUGGAAACCAAGAUUAACCAAUCCCAACCGGAUUUCACCAAGCAUCGUUCCGGUUUUAUCCUCUGCGUGCCGGGGAAUUAGCAUCCCCCUCCGUUUGAUGCAGCGAGCCCAGAGAGAGAGGGAGCGGAGGAAAGACGGACUGGGGCUUUGAUCACCCUUCCUGUGCCUUGGACUUUUCAAGGGGAUUAAUUUAGAGAUGCUCAGCUGUGACUUGGUCAUGCGCCUAAAAAGAUCUCUAAAGCUAGAGGUUUAGCAAACCCAAAUUCAGGAGAGGGUUUUACUACCACAUGCAACAAAGGCUUAAAAUAGCCAGUGACCUGUAUCCAUCUUACAAAACAGGCCAGGAUAUCAGGAAAGUGCUUCUGAAUUAGUCCAAAAAAAGCAUUUAUAGGUACUUACACCUUUUUCUCCCUUUCCCACAUUGAUUUCUUAAACCCUCUCCAAUAUGCCCUUCUGUGUUUCCUUUUUGUGUCAUUUUUUGCAAUAUUAUGCAGCCUCCACCGGAGGAACCAAAGAUACCCGGCUCAGGAAGUCUGGUUCUGUAAGACCAAAUCCCGAUGGAACCGGAGCCAGGUUUGGAAAGGAGGGCUGCCUUCCCACGCCGGGGAGGCAUUCCGUGCUCUUCCAGCCCUGCCGGCACGCAUGGAGUUGGGAUGGUACGUGGAGACGCACCUCUAGACUUGCUGCUUUCCUGCCUGGAGCUCGUUAACCCAUCAAGGCACCUUGCUUGGAGACAGGUCCACCAGCAGAAAGGAGAGUGGGAUUCACAGUGCAGAGGUUUUACUUUUUUUAAUCCUACAUUGCUUUUGCCUUAAUUACCCUCUCCAGUGACCUAACAUCCGCUGGGCUCCCAUUUGGACCAAGUGGCCUUGCUUGAAUUUUUAUACGAUCCAUGUGGCUUCGUGUUAGUCCCGGCGCUGAGGUUCAGGGAGGGCUAAAGGCCCUGCUGCAGGUGGGUUAGUCUAGAAACACGUGGAGCUUGGGGGCCGAGGCCGCGGCUCCCUCGCUUUGCACUAUGUAACACUUAACUCCGGGCACAUCCGUCCACGCCAGGCGAGGGGCAGCAGCGCAAACCCGACUGCAAACAUCCAGGCUGUUCCCUUCGAAGAGUUUUCCUGGGUUUUCCCGGCUGCUGGUGUUGGAUGUUGGGGCGUUGUGCAUCACCUUGGCUUGUCUGGUGGCAUCACGUUUCCCCACUGCGCGGCACCCACAUCUGCCCGGCUCAGAUAACCUUGAGCUUGGUGUUUACAGGAGGGCCGUAUAUACUAACAAGCUUUUUAUUUCCACUGCAUAGCGGGCUGCUGCUGUGGUUUUUGAGCGCAGGAGGCCGUGUGAAAUUGCGGGGCUGUUGGGAUUGUACGUACCGAGUCCUGGCACUGCUGGUCAGGUCAGGAUUUCCAGCCUGUUGGACACGGGGGGGUUCUGCGGUUCUGCAUGGUGACCCCACCUUGGGGGGCCGCCUGUCUCCAGCCCAGCCGGCGAACAGGGAGCACAUGUUUAAUUGAGCGUUUUAGGAAUUGGAAAGCCUGGAAGAGGCUCUUCACCUAAUGACCUGUUAAUGAAAGGCUUCCCAAAGCAAUGCCAUGGACACGGGGUGUAGGGACAGGUUGCUGCAGCGUUUCUACCUGACCACUGCCACCAAGACCCGAGGUUAAGGGGAACCUCGAGUGUAGAGAAGCUCUAGCUCUGUAUUUAAGUGGGACAAGCUUAAUCCCUCCUGUGCGCUUUGCCGGGGAGGCCCCAUGCCGGAGACCUCCCGUUCACAUAGUCCCUGGCCUCGCACCAGGCCCCGCCAGCAUCCCAGUGCCGCAUCCCGGCCGCUGGCGCUUGCUCCCGGUAAGCGGCUCUGGGAUGCCCGGCGGGCUCCUGCGCCGGAGGGCUCUGCGCAUCAGGUCUGCCCCGAGUCCUCGGGAAGAAGCUCUUCCAGAUGAUGGCCAACACAAGUCACCCACCACCACUGGGGCCAUCAGGAGCCUGAAGGCGACAUCCCACCCACGCAACAGCUCCUAACCUUGCCAAGCACACGCACACAAGCAGCUCAGGAGCACCGAGGCCCCUCCACCUCCUCAUUUAAUCCCAGCAUCGGCUCCUCAGCAGGAGCAACGCCAACGCUGAAGCCAUGGGACACCCCAGCUCCUGUUUGCAUCCUCCCAGGGAAGCAUCAGAAGGAAAAUCCUCGUCAUUGCUGUGCCUUUCUAUUUGCACUUCUCGCUUUUUAUAUCUACUAGUCCAAACGUGUCCCCCCCACCACCAGUAACACUAACCUGUAGGCAAGGUAGUGGCAGGAGAUUUAAUCAGCACUUUUAUACACUAUCCCUCCAACGAAAUGGUUGUAUCAAAUCAUGAUGGACGGCAAUAAAUCGCAGGUUUAGGAAAUUUCUAAUACUAUGAGAUGGCAAUAUUGUAUGUGAUUAAAUGUGUCUUUAUAAAAUA